UUUCAAAUCAAUACGUUACAGAGUGCUGUGAAGUUCGCAUGUUCACGCUUGCUUGAGAGCUCCUUUGUUAUUAAUUUGUACCUUUCUAUAUUAUGAAUCAAUAAUAGGCUAUACAAAAUGUGUAGUGUAAAGUAUCAGGUUAGCCUGAUUGUAGCAUUGUUACAAAUAUGCGCGAUAUUUUGUGUAAGGGAGAAGCAAGAUAACGAUGCCCCAGUAGUGACGGUGAAGGAAGGCAAACUGCGCGGCACCACAUACAACCUCGUGGAUGGAUCUACUUGUUACGCCUUCAGAGGAAUUCCUUUUGCAAAACCACCAGUCGGAGAUCUACGGUUCAAGGCUCCCUUGCCGCCUACAUCAUGGAAAGGUAUACGUGAUGCGACCAACUUCGGUGACAUCUGUACACAAUACAAUUCGACAUAUCAAGGAUCCGAGGAUUGCUUAUUCCUAAACAUUUACACAAAAUCCCUGAAUCCAAACGCAAAAAUACCUGUGAUGGUCUGGAUUUAUGGAGGAUCGUACUACGAGGGAUCGGGAGAUUUCUUUUUACCCGACUUCCUAAUGCUACACAACGUUAUGCUAGUAACUUUCAACUAUAGACUCGAUAUGAUAGGCUUUUUAUCAUUGGAAACGCCUGAGGCUCCUGGUAAUGCUGGCCUGAAGGAUCAGGUAGCCGCGUUGCGAUGGAUUCAGAAUAACAUAGCUAAGUUUGGAGGAGACCCGAAUAGUGUGACGCUUUUUGGCGAAAGUUCUGGGGCAUCCUCUGUCACUUAUCACAUGUUCUCUCCGAUGUCCGCAGGCCUUUUCCACAAAGUCAUAGCACAAAGUGGAGUCUGCAUUCACGAUUGGGCGAUCGGAAGGGGCGCAAAAGCGAGAGCUUUUCGAGCAGGAAAAAUUUUAGGCACCGAAACAAAUGAUGUUCAAGAAUUACUCAACUAUUUUAAAUCUCUAGAAGCCAGCGCUCUUACCAAUCUAACCAUCGCAACAUUGACACCCGAUGAAAGGUACAGAGGCUUACCAGAAAAAUUCAUUCCAGUUAUCGAAAAGAAGUUCCCGAAUGUCGAAGCGUUUAUAACUGAAAAUCCAGUUCGAAUGCUGAUUGAUGGCAAAGUUAACAGAGUCCCUUUAAUGCUCGGAUACAAUUCCGGGGAAGGGUUAAUAAUUUUACCCGAUCAUCUUACGAAAUUAGACGUGUAUAAUAAAGAACCUUCCUAUUACGUUCCGUUAGAGAUUGCGGAACAGAUUACCAAAGAUCAAUUAAGAGAUUUCGGUGAUAGAAUAAAGGGAUUCUACGUUGGAAACAGAAACAUAACCGAAGACGACUCAAAUACAAUAGUCGAUAUGCAAACCGACAUGCAUUUCUCUUACAACACCCAGAGAUUCGCGCAUAUGUACACGAGAUUAGGCGCACCUGCAUAUUUGUAUAGGUUUGACGCGGUAACGGAUUUGAAUAUUAUUAAAAUUGCAUUAGGGCUCACCAAUUUGAAGGGUGUUAGUCAUGCUGAUGAGCUUUGGUACCUGUUCUACAAUUACUUGAACGAGAAACCCUACGCGGAGCAAGAGAAGUUGAGAGAUAUCGUGUACAGAGUAACGAAGCUGUGGACUAACUUUGCGAAGACUGGUCGUCCAACGCCUGACAACAGUUUAGGAGCAAUCUGGCAGCCAUACACAACCAAAGGGAAAGAGUAUUUUAAAAUAGAUGAAACUUUCGUUCCAUCCCAUAGAGCAGACAAACGGAGGAUCAAGUUUUGGGGCAAACUGUAUGAAGAGGCUUACUUACCAUAUGUUUCUUAAAAAAUAUGAACUACAAUUUAAAAAAAAAUAACGUUUCAAAGAACUUGAUAGAAAAAAAACAUCAGCUGAUAAUAUUUAAGUAAGU